AUGGCAUCCCCAUUUAUAAAAACAAUAAAUGACAACCCACUCGGGAUCCUAAACGAAAAUUCCGACUUUACUGUCUCUAGUUUAUCCUUAGUGAAAGCAUUUGUUGACGAUGUGAUUCAAAAUCAGAAAGACCAAGAAGGCAGCAAGGCGUUGCUAGAUGAGAUCAUUGUUGAUGGGCUGGAUGCUAAUCAAGUUUGGCAACAGGUAAAGCUAGUUCUAGAAAGCAGUGGGUCGAAACUUCUAGAGAAGAUAGGAAGUCUGCGGUCUACAACUGAGAAGUUCAGCGGUAGUGAAAGCGAGGAUUCUGUUGAUGAUGAAAUGGAAAGUGAAGAUAAAGAAAGUCAAGAUCAUCUUGGAGACCAGCAUGUGAGUGCGAAACAGCUGCACACUUCUCAAGCGAACUAUUCUGAAGAGGAGCAAGAAGCAGAAGAAGAGGAAGAAGAGGAAGAGGAGGAAGAAGAGGAAGAAGAGGAGCAAGAGGAACAAGAGGAAGAACUGGAACAAGAGGAAGAACUGGAAGAACAAGCAGCAGAAGAAGAAGAAGGGGAUGAAGAGAAUGCGAGGAAUGUCAAGGAGGAUGUUGUUAGUGCCGAAUCACAAGGCAAGCUUAAGGUGAACGAUCUGCCAGUAAGAACAGGAGACUCGUUUGGUGUGAAUGAUGACUUUUUUGACCUUGACGAAUUCAACAAGCAAACUCUGGAAGCUGAAAAUGAGAACGGUGGGGAUGAUGAUAUCAAUUACUUUGAGGAUAUUCCUUCCGAAGAAGAAGAAGAAGCAGAGUUUUACGAUGAUUUCUUUGAUAAGCCCAACACUUUGAAACGCCAUCUUAACUCGACAAGCGGAACACAACCUUCUGAGGGAGAUAUAGACAGUAUCGGAGAUCUUAAUAAUGAUUCAGAGGAGGAAUAUGAUCGUGCCAUGGAAUCUGCUAAACUCGACUUGUUCGCUGAUGUAGAUGUUCAAGAGGUCAAAAAGAAUGACAAGGAAAAGCUUUCCACAUUUCAGCGUCAGCAAGUUGAUAUACAGAGACAAAUCUCCCAGCUGGAAAAGGAGGCUGUAGCUGAAAAGAAAUGGGCUCUGAAGGGUGAAGUCAAAGCUAAAGAUAGGCCCGAAGAUGCUUUGCUAACAGAGGAGAUUGAGUUUGAAAGAACCUCCAAGCCAGUUCCCGUUAUUACUUCGGAAGUUACAGAGUCUUUAGAAGAUUUGAUCCGUCGAAGAGUUCUUCAUUAUGAAUUUGACGACCUUGCUAAACGAGUUUUGACAAACACUUCAUUUUCAACCCCAAGGCCUAAGUUCGAGCUGAGUGACGCUAAAUCAACAAAAUCUCUAUCUGAACUGUAUGAAGGCGACUAUAAUAGCCCCUCCGGAGAAGCACCAGUCUCUGAAGAGCUCAGCCAAGCUCAUGACGAAAUUUCGGAACUCUACAAAGACCUAAUGUAUAAACUGGAUGCUUUGUCUUCCGCACACUUCAUUCCUAAACCAGCCCAAAAGCAGCUAGAGGUGAAGGUACAAAGCGCAGCGAUUAAUAUGGAAGAUGCGCAACCGCUAACCAUGUCAACAGCUCCUACUUUGGCUCCUCAAGAAGUUUAUGCUCCUGGUGCAAGUCGUGGGUCUAAUGAAAUAUCGCUUAAGAACGGAGUAGUGAUGUCGAGAGACGAAUUAUCUAGGGAAGAAAAGAAUAGGUUAAGACGAGCGCUAAAGAGGAAGAGGUCCAAACACUCGGCUUCUCAUAUAGAGUCAUCAAAGAAGAAGAGCAAAAAGAGUGAAGUGAUAGAGACCUUGUCUCAAGCUAGAAAUGUUACAAUCAUUGACAAGAAGGGUGAGAUGAGAGAUGUAAGAGGUAAUGUUAAGAAAGCCCCUUCAGGAACUCAAAAUUUCAAACUUUAA